CCAAGCUGAAGGCCCCCUGCAUUCACUCUCUGGUUAAGAACCCCUGCUUGGGAAUACCAAGCUGGGAAAAGGGGGACUUCUGAAACUUUUUAUUACUUUUCCUGGGACAGAUAUUUUGGGCUUGUAAUAAAUCCAAUUAUAGUUUUAGUCCCUGCUAAGGUUCUAUUAUAAUUUUCUUUUGUUUUAUUUGGAAUACAAAGGAGCAAUUUUUCUCUCUAAUCUAUUUGUGGAGACCAACAUUCUACAAGGACUUAAACAAAGACAUCUCAGGGAGAGUAUUUGCAUAAAAUAUUCAUUUCUCCCAAUGCAGUUAAAUGGAUGCCUCCUCAGGAACAGUUCUUGCUUUCAAAGGUGAUCACAAGGUCAUCUAUAUUCCCAGGGGGAGGAAAAUUUGUUGCAUGAAGAAGCUAGAGGGCUUAGGGCCCUUUGGGGGGAAUUUUCUUGAGGAAGCUGUAAACAGAGAGAAAGGGAUCUUGGAAUUCUAGAGUGAUGGAGGGGCUUCUUGGAGCAGAGAAGUAGAUCAGAGUUCACGUGGGAGGGCUCAGUUACGUAAGAGAUGGGAAGUGUGUUCAAGAAGUGAAGAGUCAGCUAGUUUUGGCCCAAGUGAAAGAAUGAGGGACUAUGAGCCUAGACAGGUAGAUUGGAGAUGGUUGUGAUGGAUCUUCACUGAUAUGCCAGGGAUGUGGAACAUUAUUGACAGAGGGAGUCAGUGAAAUCUUUUAGUAAGAAUGAGAUAAAGAAAUUUCUGAUGCAGGAAUAUCAACAUGACCACAUGUUUUUAGUUGAAUUGGGUGUGGGAAGUAAAUAUGGACAAUAGUUUGAUAAUCAGGUGGCAAGACAGAUGGAUAAAAUUAUCUCUGCUUUCCCUAUCGUAACAUCUUCCAUAAUGCCUAAGAAUAGGAUUCACUAGGAGAGCUUAUUAAUUAUACAGGUUUCCAAGAUUCUGCUCUGCAAAUUAUAUCCCCAGUAGGUCUGGAAUUUGUCAUUUUUAAAACUGCUCCAUGUGAUUUUAUCUUCUGACAAGUUGGAAAAUACUCCACAGGAAUGUUGGUCUGAUCAGAUGAGAAACUGAAUGUGAGAAUGUCACAGCAAAAAUUGCACUGGACAAAGUUAAACAGACUGUGAUGACUUUAUUCAAGGCUAUUGUAAUGGGGAGAGAAACCAGAACUCAGUCUGAACUCAACUCCACAUAAACCAAAGGGAAAAGGAAAAAACUAGAGUAUUUUAAGAAAGAGAUAGGUCAGUGGGAUGUGUAGAGCACAUUGACUUAUUCCCAAGUUUGCAAAUGUUUAUCUCUGUGAUUUGGCCGCCUGUGUUUGCUAAUUGGUUCCCACCAAUUAGCUAGUUAGGCUUCUACCUUCCCCCAGAGACUGGCAAAUAGGGACACUAUCUUUCCAGCUGGUUACAUUUCUAAGGGAUGGCUUCUAAUCUUUGAGAAAGGCCUUGCUGGGUUGUAAAAGUGAGAGAAUCUGGGAGAUGACUUACAUCUCGAUGGGGAAGAAAAAGAAUUUACAAUUACAAGUUUUGGGAAGUAAGUGCUCCAAGAAGAGGGAGGUCAGGGACACAGUCUGGAAGAAGCCUGUCUGAAUUUCAGUCAAGCUGACAGGAACAUUCAGGCUGUUCUGGCCAAGGGCAAGGUACUAUUAGUAGUACUACUGUCUUCAGGGUGGGUAGCGCCUGACAGGGAGUGGACAGGAAGAAUCAAUAUUAGGAAUAUUGGGAGGGAAAAUUCAACUUCCUAACCUAAUGUUGAGAAUUAAUUGGAUGGGGGAUACAGAAAAGUGAGCAGUCAAUGUCUAGUGACUCUAGACACAGGGAGAAUGAAGGUACAUUGACAAAAAUGGAAUUUCUAGUUGGCAGGCAAGUGGUGGUGCCAAAGGACCCAAGCCAUCUUGGUAAAGCAUAAUUCUUAGUUUCCUUUGGUAGAAACGGGACCCUAUAGUCAGUGCCAUCAGUUGACAGAGAGAGAGAGAGGGAAAGCAGCAGGGCUGUGGAAGCCUCCUCUCGAGGGUGGGUGGUCCUUUCUAACAGAACCUGCAGAGCAGCCUGGAUGGUGCAUUUGUGAUUAGCAUCCUGUGUUACCUUCACCUAAGUCACACACACACACACACACACACACACACACACACACACACACACAGGCACCCUGGAUACAUACUGAAGCAUUUCAAAGUAAAUUAUAGGCAUUUUAGCAGCUAAGAUUUAUCGGAAAAUGAUUACUUCCAUUUAGCACAAGUUGUAUUAGAAAAUUUUCAGGAGGUCAGCCUGGGAAAGGUCUCUGAAGAAGAGACAACUGAAACCAUGGGAGUGGAUAAGAUUUUCACAAACUUACUGGGGAUAUAUCACAUUAAUGUAUCUUACCUUUUUUUAAGGGAAUAUAAAGGGGCAAAAAUAGAGAUCUAAGAAUUCAGUUUUGUUAAGCAGUAGAUGGUGGUCCUGGUGUUGCCUGCUCCAGUGAGGUCUGCGAUGCUAAGAACUGUAAGAGGUGCCAUUGAUUUGCUCAUGGGACACUGGCAAAGGAGAGCAUCAGUAAAGUGGACAGGGGAGUCAAAUGCAGGAUUUGAGAGUGAGUGGUGAGACAAAGGAAGAUAAAUCCCACAUCAUAAGUGAUUUCACUUAUAUGUGGAACCUAAAAAUCAAAAUAAAUGCACAAACAAAACAAACAAGAACAAAAGAGUGAGUGGUAAAAAAGAAACCAGGUGUGCAGAUGGAGGUCUGGCUUUGAAAGAAAGAUGUAGGAAGAGAGCAGGAAAGUCACAGUGUUAUAGUAAUAAGUUUGAAUUUAUAGUGAUAGGAAAUAAAAUUGUAUUAGUGUGUGGUUUGGUAUUAUAAAGUUCAUUCUAAAACUCCAUCUUAUAUUGGAGGCAUAACUUCAUUUUGUAUUAGAAGUGAAACUUAACCUGUGUGUGUGUGCAUCCCAGGUAAGUACUUUGCAAACCCCUGCGUGUGUACCCCGAUAAGCCCAGAAGGCACCACCGGAGCACACUGAUAAGAGACACUGAAGAAGCCCAUCCGUCGGGUAUAAAAGAAGGACGCUCACACCAGCAGCCAGACGCCUGUCUGCCCUCCACAGACGAGACGUUCUCCUUACCCCCGGAACUUCUGCCGCUCCUGCUCUGCCCUGAGCCCAGACUGUUAGAGGCCUCUCUUUGUGUCAAGAGACGGAGCACCUGCAGCUGCGUAUCUGACGACCUGUGUGUCUCUGUCAGCAAGUGUCUCCGGGUGGCCUGCCAAGGACUGAAACCCAUCAGCUCUCUGUGAUCAGAAAUGAGUGAACAGCCAGAAAAAACCACUUCCACUGAAGAGGGACACAGAGGUCAAAGUUCUGAGAAAAACUGUCAAAUCGGACAAAAGCAACUGCAACAGAUAGAGCGGCAGUUAAGAUGCUUGGCAUUUCAAAACCCUGGGCCCCAGGUAGCCGACUUUAAUCCUGAAACACGACAGCAGAAAAAGAAAGCCCGGAUGUCAAAGAUGAAUGAGUAUUUUUCUUUGAAUUACAAAAUUAUGAAGAAGUAUGACAAAAGUGGCCGGCUAAUCUGUAACGAUGCUGAUCUGUGCGACUGCCUGGAGAAGAACUGCCUGGGCUGCUUCUACCCCUGCCCCAAGUGUAACUCCAACAAGUGUGGGCCCGAGUGCCGCUGCAGCCGGAAGUGGGUUUAUGAUGCCAUUGUCACAGAGUCUGGAGAGGUCAUCAGCACCCUGCCAUUCAGUGUUCCUGACUAGGAGCCAUUACAUGUGAAUUGAUUUGUUACUUCUUCUUUACAUUUAAGCCAAUCCAUUUAUCUUGGUGAA